AUGAUGAUAUUCGAUAAGUUGAUGCGUCAGAUCGAGGGCCUCCUCUACGACACCAAUGUGGAGGAGGAACACUACCGGAAAUUGCGCCAGAAGUCGUCGUCCAAUAGCGCCAUCAUUGUAGGUUUGGUAGCCGCCGUGGGUGGCUUCCUUUAUGGUUACGAUACGGGACUCAUCAAUGACAUAAUGGAGAUGCAAUACGUGAAAGAACACAUUCCGGCCAACCGGCAGAACUUCAACGUGCACGAGCGGGCGCUAAUAACGGCCAUUUUGUCGCUCGGAACGUUUGUAGGUGCGCUUAUAGCGCCGCUCAUGUCUGACUCCUACGGAAGAAAAUCUUCCAUUAUUGCCACCGCGGCAAUCAUAUUUAACACCGGAAACAUUCUCCAGGUUGCUGCCACAAAUGCGGCUCUUCUAUGCGCCGGUCGUGCCAUCUCCGGUUUGGCCGUGGGUAUCUUGUCGGCCAUUGUGCCCUUGUACCAGGCCGAGGCAUCUCCCAAGUGGGUCCGUGGUUCCAUUGUGUUCACAUACCAGUGGGCCAUCACAUGGGGUCUUCUUAUAGCGUCUGCCAUCUGUCAGGGCACACGGAAAAUCAACCUGAGCGCAUCGUACAGAAUUCCGAUCGGCGUUCAGUUCUUGUGGUCUCUGACCCUCUGCGUGGGUAUGCUCUUUCUUCCCGAGAGCCCGCGCUACUACGUGCAAAAAAAUAAUAUUCAUGCCGCGUUGGAGAGCUUGUGCAAGCUACGACGCUUACCCAGUGAUGAUUGCGAUCUUUUGGAGGAGUUGGUCGAGAUCAAGGCCAACUACGACUACGAGAUGUCUUUUGGCAAAACAAAGUAUAUAGACUGCUUCCGCCUGGGCGGUGGUCGCCACAAACAAGGUUUGAGAAUCAUCACAGGUAUAGGUGUCCAGUUAUUCCAGCAGUGCUCCGGUAUCAACUUCAUCUUCUACUAUGGUGUCAACUUCUUUGCAUCAACAGGAAUUACGAACUACUACCUCAUGUCGUUCGUGACAUAUUUGGUGAAUGUAGUCUUUACUGUGCCGGGUAUCUUUUUCAUUGAUAUUAUCGGUAGACGAAAACUUCUUCUCAUUGGCGGGUUCGGAAUGGCCCUUUCCAACUUCAUCAUUGCCAUAGUCGGAGUCUCAAUCUCUUCGAAAGAGAUCAAGUCGAUCGUGAGUAUCGUAUUCUCGUGCUGUUUCAUCGCCUGUUUUGCCUCUUCUUGGGGUGGAUGCACGUGGGCCGUGUGCUCAGAUAUCUUUGGUAUCAGUAUCCGUCAAAAGGCUGUUUCUAUUACAGCAGCGACUAACUGGUUGGUCAAUUUUACUUUCGCCUACAUAACGCCGUACUUGAUCGACACGGGCUCCCACACUGCUGCUCUAGGAAACAAAAUUUUCUUCAUUUGGGGAGGUUGCAAUACUGCAGGGUUCAUCUUUGUCUACUUCAUCGUUUAUGAGACAAAGGGCUUGAAAUUGGAAGAAGUGGACUUGAUGUACCAAAACUGCUCAAACUCUCGUGACUCAACCAAGUUUAAGAGUAGAAAGUUCUAUUCGAACCUCGCCAAUGGUGACGACACCAUCCAGGCUUUCGUCAACACGCCUCCAAAUGAGUGGAUGAUUGGAUAUAUUGGCCACGACAAAGAUGUAUCCAAUUCGUCCUCUUCUCCAGGAGCAGCCGAUGCAGCAGCCAAUGCCACCAUAGCAUCUCGCGGUCUAGCGUCCGUCAAAGAGGGCACAUCUGAGGAGAUUGAAAACGAACUCAAUGAGAAGGACCGUGAACAGGAUUACCAGCACGAGGAAAUUCUAGAGCCUAAGCGUUCGACCACCAACCACGCCAUGAAGAUGGUCAACCACAAGAACAUUCUCCUGCCAACUCUCAGCAACACUUCGGACGAAUCAUCAGCAGCGUCUACUGCAUCUGCACACCUGGCUUCUGACUACCAACGAUAUCUACAGAGUCUCCAGAAGAGCACGUCUGAUUCCGGCAGACACCCACUGACAUCGUUCACAUCAACAUCUAUUCUUCGAGGCCCUGGAGGCACAUCUAAGACCACAGUUAGUAAAAGCGACGAGAAGAGUCAGUCACACAACGGCAAUUCGUUGUCACACACAGACUCGUACGCGUCCGCCACCAAUUAUUUAAGCGAUUCAAUUCAAUUGAGCAAAAACGGCAACAUGAAAAUAAUUGCUGUUCCAUUCUACGAUAAUCCACCGAGCGACUCCGACUCCGAUGAGUAA